AUGGCAUCCGACGCCACCUCCACCUCGCCGGCCGAGCUCUAUGAGUCUACCAUGACCGUCCCCUCCGACUCAGAGAUCUACUCCGCAAACCAUGAGAUGUCCUCCUCGGUCCCAUCAACCACAAGCUCGCCCAUAAUCCUGUAUACGCCCCCCAGUGUGUGGGGUCUUUUGCGCGGAGCGGCCAUCAACCUCUUCCUUCCCUUCGUCAACGGACUCAUGCUAGGCUUUGGCGAGCUGUUCGCGCAUGAGGCUGCUUUCCGACUCGGAUGGUCUAACACCAAGAUCUUCCCCAACCACCGCCGGACACACGCAGUGGGCCCUGGUAUCGAGAUGCGGGAGCUUCCUUCGGAGCGGAGACGCUCUGGCCUGAAGGACACUGCUUCCCUUUAA